AUGACGGUUACCUAUAAAUUCAUAGACCUACUGAAGAAGCGAGAGUUUGGGAGCGAUGGUGAAGCCAAGAAGCGGAAGGAGGAGAACAGGAAGCACAUGACCAACCUCCGCCGCCUCAUCAUCGCCUCUAACGUCAUUUAUGUUCUAGUGCGAAUGGUUAUAUUUCAUGCAACUUUUACUUGGAAGCAUUGGAUUGGUCUUCUUGUGACAUCUAUUGCUUAUGGGCUUCCAUAUAAACAACUUGACAGUAUGGAGCAAGGGUAAGAUGGUGAACUUUUAGAUGGUCACACUGGUGGAAUUUGUGGUUAUUUGCACGAUGUGAUCUACAUAACUAGCUUUGUGCAGAUAAUGUCCAUCUUACCCGGUAAAUUUUGGUGGACUUACUUGGUGAUACAAGCAUUUGGUGUUUACAAGUUAUCUGAUCUACUAUAA